GGUUAGUUACUCGCUAAAGUGAAAAUAGAAUGAUGGCUGCCGACCGACAACUGGCAUUGCGGUGACCGUCAUGUUCGCCGUUCGUUCUCUUUACCGACAAGUUGGUGGUGGCUUCCGACGUGGUUUGGAAUGUACGACAACCGUUCGAUCACAAAUCAAUGGUGCUUUGAUGAGCGAUGGCUGCACGUCCCCAAUGGGCGUUGGAAGAAAAGGACGUUUGAUUGUUCGCCCAAGGCAAUUGUGCACUUUUAACGUUAACGACAAAGAAUUAUUACGACCAAGAAAUGCUUACACAGUAUUUUCACAACAAAGAUAUAAGUCGAAAAAGAGAAAAAACAAACAGACCGAAGAAAGUAGUGAAAAUGACAACGAUGAUGAUGGUGAAAUUAGCGACGAAGAAAAUUCUGACGAUGAAUCGGAUGAUAAUAGUGACAAUGAUGUAAAAUCUGAUAGAGAAAAGCCAUUUCCUGAUGUCCAUUUCCUGGGCGAUGACAAUUUGUCAUCAAAUUAUAAGAUGCUGAAAAGGACGUUAUCACAACCUAGAUAUGACUCCGUUUGUAGAUUUGGCUUACGAAUGUCGAGCAAGACAUUUUUGAAUGAUCUUUCUGAACAGAGAUGUAAACUAAAUGGUCUGCCUUUAAAGUUGAAAAGGACAAAAGUCAAUGUUGGAGAUUCACUUGAUGUCAUUGCAGACGAUAAUAAAAUGAGGAGGAUUAGGGUUGUCUCCCUUACCACGUCACCCAAAAAUACUAUUGUGUGUAUCAAAGUAUGGAGAGCUCCAUUCCUUAGAUCCUUAGUGAAGGAAUACGAAUAGAGCCAUGUGGAUGGUGUCGGAGGAAUUCCAGGAGUGAAUGGAUUACCGGUAGAUGGGAAGAUUUGAAAGCGAGAUGAAUGAUCGGACAAGUUCAAUUUUAUCAAACUUUACACGUUGGAAGUUCAAUCGAGGGUUCCGAACGCAAGAUUACAUUUUUAUUUUAUUAUUUUGACUAUUUACAGUGUAUAUGAUGGGUGAUAUUUAUGAUAUUUUUAAGAAAAUAAAUCGACAUGCAACUUUAAAAAUAAAGUUAUUUUUCAUACCUUUUGUAAAAGGAUUGGGUUUGUGUGGCUUGUACAUAGCUUGGCUCAGUUGGUACUUUUUCUCAUUAAGUAAUAAACUGACUGAUCUAGAUCUUUCCCAGAUAUAUGUAUGUAUACAGACUCCAAUCAGGUCAUUGUAGUACAAAAUCUGUUCUGUCUGUGGAUACGAAAAACAAAAUAGCCAACUCACCAAGUAGCCAUCUUGGAUUUCGUUUUAAGAGAUAAUUUAGAAAAUAUUAUCUAAAAACAACACAAGAAUAAACCCGAGAAGCAAAAUUUAUUUGGAUGAUUGAUAUGUUCCAUACCAUAAAACACAAAAUUAGUGGAGUUUAACAUUGCACAUAGUUAGUGGAGUGAACAUUUCAAAAUCACAUUCAAUACUUGCAAUCUUAUAAUUUAGAUAUAGAUUUACUUAUAUAUAGAUGCAAACAGUGGCAUAGCUGCCAUAUAUGUUUAUGUGUAUACACAUACUUCAAUUUCCCACCAGAAAAAAAUAUUUAUAUAAUACUGAAAUCAAGAAAAUGACUUAAAACUAAACAAUUAGUAAAAUAAAUAAUACAGGUAUCGCUUACAGUUGAACCUGCCUUGAAGGCCACCUGUAUAUAACAAAACCUGUCUAUAAUGGACAUCUGUCUCGUUCCCAAUGUAACAGUACAUUUUGUAUGAACCUCUAUACGGAGGUCACCUGCCUAUAAAGACUAACUGUCAUUUAUGUCAGUAAAAACACUUUUCUCUAUUCCUUUAAACUUUAUUUAUUUUACAACAAUUGCUAAACAAAUUAUACCAAGUAAUAUCUAUCAUUCUUGUUGGACCGGAUGGAAACGUGCAGUGAAUCUUACUGUGGGAGGAGACCGGAGUACUUGGAGAAACUCCCACGUAGGCAGACAGUUGACUCCGUACCUUUUCAGGCCAGGGAUUCGAACCAUAGCCACCCAGGACUUGGUGAAAGACAAGUGUGUUACCACUGUGCCACACGAUCACCCAUGCCUUGAGUGCCCUCUAUAGACAGGUUGGACUCUAUACAGAAAUAGUACAUUCUUCUGAAAUAUAGUAUAAGUUACAACAAUAUUCCAGAAGGGCUGAAAUACCACCUCCAUGUCGCUUGGUUGUUUCCAAUUAAUCUGGAGGAGACCAUGGACCCCUCUUAACAAAAGAGGUCCCACAGCACCUUGGUGCUCUCCUCAGAGUUCAGCCUUCACAGAACCCUGACACCAAGCAUGCACUUCAAAUUUCCAUCAAGGUUCUAAGGGUUGAUUUUUUCAAGAUCUAUUUUUAGUUAUUUUUGAAAGAACCCCCCCCCCCCCC